AUGAAGGACAUAAUUGCCGAGUAUGAAAUUGUUGGAAAGAUUGAAGAACCGAAAGAAGGCCAUUCUAACGAUAUUGUAGAGAAUGAAAAAGAUGAAAGUAAUCAAAAUAAUGAAAAUAAUCAAAAUAAAGAAAAAGAUGAUAGAAUACAUGUUGAGAUAAAUAAUGAGAGAAAAACCUUAGGUGUAUCAAAUAUGAAGAACGAAAAAGAAGAAGAAAAAAAAACGAUGCUUAGUUCUACAAAUAAUAAAUGUACACAUUUGGAGAAUAAAAAUGAGAUGGAUAAUAUAAUAGAGGAAGAAUCAGAAUAUAAUAUUAUAAAUAAUGAUGAAGGAAAAAAAAUGAAGGAAUGCCAAAUUAUAGGAAAUGGUACAAUUAUUAAAGAUAUAUCAACAGAGGAAAAGAAUAAAAUAAAAUGUAUAUCUAUUAAUAAUAACGAAUGUGAUAUAGAUAAGGAAGAUGAUAAUAAAAAUAAUAUUAGAAAUAUAAAUAGAAUGAAAAGCAUAAUUAUAAGUAAGAAGCAAAAUGAAUAUAGAAAUGAUGAUAAACAAAAUAAUACUAAUAGUUGUAUCAAUAAUAAUAAUAAUAAUAAUAAUAAUAAUUAUAAUUGUAAUAUUGUUAAUAAGAGCACAUCACAUGUUAGUAUAAAUAUGUCAGAUAAAUGUAGUAAUGUGAAACAUUAUAAAGUAUUAAUACAUGCUCCUGCAUGUUGGAAAGGAGAAAAAUUUAAUGGUACACCAUUUAUAUUCGUGUAUGACAAAAGUAUAAAUUUUUAUACUUAUAGUGAAUCACCUCUAGAAAUAGAAAAAUAUAUUAUUGAUACUAAUGAUGAAAAUUUUGAAAAUAGAGUAUUAACUAUUAUAUUUUAUGAUUCUCUUUUUGCUUGUUCAACAUCAAGUCUUCUUAUAAAUAAUAAUAAAAAUGAAUUGCAACAUUUGCCCAAACCCUUGAGUGUUUUUUAUUUACCUUUAUGUAAACUGGAUUUAGAAAAUGAUUCUGUUAAAUAUAGAUUAGGUUUAAAAACAAAUAGUAUUUUGUGUAACAUUAAUAUAAAUGAAGCUAUUGGUUUAUUUAAUAAUAGUACAAAAUUGAGUGGUCAAAAUAUAAAUAAAUUUAGUUUACAUUUUUUUUUAAAAAAUAAUAAUUAUUUAAAUAAUAACAAUAAUAAUAAUUGUAAUUUUCCUUAUAAUUAUCUUAAUUAUAAUACUAAGAUAUAUGGAAUACCCCGAUCCAAUUUGUCAUCUUGUGUACAAAAGCAUACUCUAUAUGAAAAUAAAACAUAUAAAAACAACAACAACCACAACAAGAACCACAACAACAACAAUAAUAAUAAUAAUAAUAGUAACAAUAGUUGUAGUAGUACUAUCGGUAAGAGACACAUUUUAAAUUCUUCAAAAAGUCAAGUACAUUAUUUUAAAACUAAAGAUUCAGGAGAUCAAGAUGAAUAUAUAUCAUUAGAUAAAAUAAAAAGUAAAUGGGAACAAUAUGCACAUAUGAAUAACACCGGUAACCAAAAUAAUAUUAAUUUAAUUAAAAAUGAUCAGGUGUUACAACAUAUGAUGAGAAAUGAAAAAAAUAAUAAUAAUAAUAAUAAUAAUAAAUUUAUAAAUCUUAAUAAGUAUGAUUCUACUUAUGAAAAUAUAUGUAUAGAUAAUGAAUCUUUUACUAGUAAAAUGAAAUCUGAUAUAUAUUUAAAUAACGGACAGAAUAUGUAUCACGAUAUGAAUAAAACAGAAUUGAAGAGAAAUAUUUUUCUUGAGAGGGACAUAUUAACUAAAGAAAACAACAAAAAUAAAGAAGCACAUAAUAAUAAUUGUAAUAAUAAGUUUAAGAAGGAAAAUACGAAUAUUAUGACAAGGGAUAAAUCUGAUUACCAUAUAUACGAACAAGAAGAAAAAUAUUUGGAAGAAUUAGACAUAAAAGAUGAUGUCUUACCAGAUGAUAGUGCUUCUAUGAUACAUAUACGUGAUAAAGAUUCUAUGAUAUCAGGAAGGAGCAAAAAAAUGCAUGAAAAAAGUAAGUUAACUAGCAAUUUUAAUGUAGCUCACAAUAUAUUUUCUACGGUAAAACAAAUUAUACAAAAAAAAAAUGACCAUCGAAAGGUGGAGAAAAAUAAUAUUGAAGAGAAUACAAACAGUCAAAUAUGUACUGAAAAUAUGAACAAUAUAAAUAAUAAUAAUAAUAAUAAUAUAUGUUAUGAUAAUAAAAGAGAAGAAUGUAGAUAUGAUACAAUUAAUGAAAUUACACAAGAAAAGAAUAAAACUAGGAAAGAACCAAAUUUUACAAAUGACGAUAAAUCUGUGUGCUACUCUCAAGUUAGUAAUUUAAAAUAUUUUAAUACGAACCAUUCUAUAUGUUCAUCAUACGGAAAAAAUGACGAACAUUUAAUUCUAGCUAUAAAAGAAAUUAAAGAUUGGAUGGAAAAAAUCGAAGAUAAAGUUAGUACAAUAUCAGCAUGUGAGAAAAGUGAUGUAAAUGUUACAACGAAUGGAAUUUCUAGAUGUCAUGAAGAUAAAUAUAACAGAUUAUUAAAAUUCUUAAUAAAAAGUGUAAAAAAUAAUAUUAAAUUAAAAAAUAAAAGUAUUUAUAAAAGAUGUUAUUUAAAUAUCCGAAAUCUUUAUCUAGUAAAAAAAAAUGAUAAAAUAAAAUUUGAAAAUAAAUUAUUAGAAAGAAAUUAUAAUAAGAUCAAAACAAAAUAUAGAAAUGUUUUAGUAAAUAUAUGUAAAAAAAUAUUUUUAUUAAAAUAUUAUUCAACAAAAGAUAAAUUACAUUUUAAUAAAAAAUAUGAAAAUAUGAUGAGACAUCUACAAUUAGAAAAAAAUGAUUUAUUAAGUAUUAUUGAAGAAAAAAAAUAUGAGUUAGAAAAUAAUGUUAAUUUAAAUCAUAUAUUAUCUGAACAAUUAAAAAAAAAUCAAGAAGAAAAAGAAGAUAUUAUUAAUAAGAAUUUUUAUUAUGAACAACAAGUAGAUAAUGUUACGAAAAAAUAUGAACAUCUACAUAAUGAUGUUAUUAUAUUAAGAGAAGAAAUAGAAGAGCUACAAAAAGAUAACCAUGCUCUGAAAAAAAAUAAAGAGCAUUUAUUAAAUGAAAAUGAUAUAAUGAAAAAAGAAAAUGAUAUGUUAAAAAAAGAAUUAGGAGAAACCAAAGCUAAAUAUUUUAAUUUGACUGGUAUAUUAGAAGGUGAAGAAAAGAUGUAUAGUCAAAAAGUAGAAGAGCUCGAAGAAAAACUGCAAAAAGUUACAUAUGAAAAAAAUAAUAUGAUUAAUGAUAUAAAAGAUGAAAUAGAUAAAUUUACAAUACUUAUAAAUGAAAAAGAUAAAGAAAAUAUGAGAAUUAAAGACAAAUUAAAAGAAUUAAAAAAUGUAGAAGAGAAAUAUAAAAAUACUCAAAAAAAUUUUGAUUCCCUAAAAAAAGAAUUUGAAGAAUCUUUUGAACAAGUACAAAUUAUUUUAAAUGAAAUGAUACAAAAAGAAAAAGAAUAUACUAAAAAAUAUAAUAAUUCUAUCACAUCUUUAGAAAAAGAACAUAAUGAAAUAAUACAAAAAAUUAUAGAAGACAAAAAUUCAAUAAUUAAGGAAUUACAAUAUUUUAAAGAUUUGUGUAAAAACCAAUGUAAUAAAAUUAUUACAUUUGAUGAAAGUUUAAUUACUGCAGAGAAAUUAUUAGAACAUGUAUUAUCUCAAUAUCCACAAAUAUUUAAUGAAUUUAAAAAUAGUUCUAGAAAUAAUUUAUUAAAUAAAUCUUUUGGAAAAAUGCAUUAUGAAAAUAUACAUGCAGUAAGGGAUAAUAUUAAACUUAUUAGAAAAUCAUUAAGUCAUUUUAAAAUGACAUGUAAAAAUAAUUCUUUUCAAUUUUUUCAUAACUCUGAGUCGACAAAAAAAUACACAAGUAACCAAAACAAUAACAAAAAUAAUAAUCAUAAUAAUUAUCAUAAUAUUAAUUAUUAUCAUGAUAAUUAUAACAGUGCUAAUAAUAUCCAAGCAUAUACUAGUAGGAAUAAACGAGUUACUAGUCUCUUAAGAAAUUAUGAAAAAACAGAUUCACACAAAGAAUAUAAAAACAAAAAUAUCAAUGUUUUAUACACUGGUAGAAAAAGAACAGUAAGUAGUAAUAGCACUAGAAAUAAUUCUAUAUUAUCAGAUUGUGCAAAAAAAAAUAUAGACUUAAGAAAAAAAAUUGAUAGUUAUAAUUCCUUAUUCCAAAAAAAUUUUAUAGAAGCUACUAGUAAACAGAAUACAACAACAGAGAAAAAUAAAAAAAUUAAUGAUGAUAUAAUGCAUACAUAUGAAGAAAAUUCAAACAUGGAUAUUAAGAAAGAGAUAAAUAACUUACAAAGUGAACAUCAUAAUAAGAAUAUAUAUAAUAACGCAAAAGAAUUUCAUGUUACCUCAAAAAAACAUGUAAAUACAGAAAAUGAAACCAUACAAAACAGUUAUGAUAAUAUAACUAAAAUAAUAAAUGAUAUUACUAAUUAUGAUGAAAUAAAAUAUAAUCAAAUGGAUAUAUUAAAUGAAGAUAAUUUAAGUAAAGACAUUAAUGAAUUAAAUAAUAUUGAUAUUGUAAAUAUGUAUGAAAAAAAUAAUUCUUCAAAUAACAUGAACGAUUCAGAACUUGUGUACACAAAUACGAAAAAGCAAUCAAAUGGAAAUAUGGAUCUGCCAGAAAAUAAUAAAAAUGAAAUGUUUGAUGUUGUAAACUUAAAUAAGUUACAUAUAAAUAAACCACAAGAGGAUAAUUCGUCUAAUAUAGAUAUAGAUAAUAAUAAUAAUAAUAAUAAUAAUAAUAAUAAUAAUAAUAAAAAUAAUAGUGUAAAAUAUGUUCAAGAAUUUCACAAAGAUAAUUUUAAGGAAGUCAUAUCUUUUAUUGAAAAAAAUGUUAUUAAAAAGAUCCCAGCAGUGAAAUGUAGUGACAAAAAUACAAAAGAAAUAAAUAAAUUAAAUGUUAACCAUGUACCAACAAAAUUAUCUACCAAUUUAAUAAAACAUUCAAGACAGGUAAGCUCUUCAGUUAAUUCUUCAAAAUCAUUAAAUGUACAUAAGGGAUAUGAAACAAAUAAAAAUGAAAAAAAAAUUAUUAGAACAUUAUCAGAUAAUAGUCCAACCAAAAAAGGGGUGAAUAAUAUUUAUACACAAACGAAGGUAUAUACAACUCAUAAUAAAUGUAAAAAUAUAGAAGAAGUACAAAAUGACAAAAAGGUUGAAAUAAUGAAUUCAAAAUCUCCAAAAGCAUCCCUGAGAAAAAAAACCAUCGAUAAAUGA